AUGGGAUCAAGUCAGUCAACUAUUAUUAAUUCCUUUGACUUGUCAAAUAAAGUCGUUAUAAUUACUGGUGCCACUGAUGGAAUUGGUAAAAGUUUAGCUCGAAUUAUCUCAUCAUAUAAUCCAAAACGUUUGAUACUUCCAGUUCGCAACAGAAAAAAAGGCGACCUUCUCCUUGAAUAUAUCAAAGAAUCUACUGAUGGAAAUAGUGAAUGUAUUGAAUUAUGGGAUAUUGAUUUGGCGGAUUUACAUAGUGUAAAGAAUUUUGCGAAUAAGUUUAUUAAAGAGAAAACAAAAGAUAAUUUUGAACAACAAUUCCAAGUUAAUCAUCUUUCUCACUUUCUCCUGACUUCCCUUCUGCUUCCGACCAUAAAAAACUCGGCAACACCGGAAUCUCAGUGUAAAAUCAUUCACACAACUUCAAAAGCACAACAACUUGGUAAAAUUGAUUUGAUAAUCUUAAUGGGGAAAAAUCUUACAGUGGCUAUCUUGAAUUAUAUUCAAACUCAAAAGUUAAUGAAUAUUAUAUAUAGUAAUGAAUUUAAUCAACGCCUUAAAGGUUCAAAUGUUACGUCCACAGCAUGCCACCCAGGAAUUAUAACGACAAACAAAAUUUCAAAAUCGAUUUCUUUGUAUUUUGUCAAGUUGUUGUUGGGUAAAUCACCUGAUAUUGGCGCAAUAAAUAUAAUGUACCCUGCAUUAGACCCGAACAUUGAUGAAGGUGGAAAGUAUUUUGAAGAUU